UGUGUUUCCCUCCAGAUUAAGGUACGGAACCCAACUUCCCGCGAACUCUGGCCUGAGCCGCCUAACUCUGCCCUGUGCUUCGUUCACACCGCCAGCAAUGGAGGCCAACUCCUCGAAAGAACUCGGGCACGGUUCCAAGCAGGACCUACGGGUCACUGUCCGUCUGCAAGUUUGGCACUUCAGCGAGCGGGGACGAUGCCCCGAGUUCAACCAUGGCCUUGCCCGUCUGUUCUCCCCCGAGGCUCUCGGGGACUGGAAUCACUGGAUUCCUCGCCCGGCUGAGGUGGUCGAACCCGAUGGCAUCUCGAUUCGAGAUGACUACGUUCCGGUCGAGGUCGACUUUGUACACGCAUUCGCCACCUACAACAACCCUCAGGGGAAUCCCGAGUCCGGCGUUCGUGAUGUCUUCAAGAAGUUCGCUCCACCGAUUGUAUACGAUUACUUUAUCUCCAAACUACAAAGCCCACCUCACGCGAUGAACAUCUACGCAGUUGCCAACGGUGAAGAGAUGACAGAGAUGCACAUCAAGAUGAAGUAUGCGCAUCGCUUCUUCUUCAUUCCGCUGUGGCUUCGGCUCGAGCGGUUUAUCAAGCCCGCAAUGGUUCGCCAGGAGGACACCAUAAUGAAGAUAUUGCAGGCGGGGGUCGACUCUCUCCGUAUAUUAGGGUCGUUGACCUUCGCCUACAUGGCUUUCCAGGGCGCAGACAUCCGAAAAGCAACAGAGUUCCUCGCUACUUGCAAGGAAACUUUGAGUCAGCUUUCGUCCCAACUGCCCUGGUUGAAAGAGAUGCUCGACAACCUGAGUAGCUCGUCUUCGUCCGAGAACAGCACAUCUGAGAACCCACCCACUAGUAGUGGGCCUCUCGUUCUCUUGGGUGAUGCAUCAACCUCAUUUGAGAAGCUCCGGGAACUCGCCGGCGGCUUGAAACCCAGACUCGACAAAUUAUCAAGCGGAGAGGGUCUCACGAACCAGGGCAUCGUCAGAACGAUACUUGACCUGCGCCAGGCUACAAUUCAUCUCUCCGAGUACGAACAGGCCAUGGUGAGCUUCAAUGAGGAAGAAAUCGGCAAGUGGAACGAAACAGCUAGCCAUCAUGAAAACUUCGUCUAUAGAGCAGGGAUCCUUGCGCUCGGGUGCGCAGUCAUUACAGCCCUGGCUUUUUGGAACCCACAGCUCGCCCGCGGUCUCACCGCUACACUCGGCCAACACCUUAAGCUGGGGGUGGGUGCUACUUCAUCAUUGGCACUUACCACAGGUUAUCAGUACAACAAGUUGAGCGAUGCCCUUGUCGCGCUUGGUGAUGCUAGGAAUAGGGCUAGUGCCGGCCGGGUCGCCCUGGAAGGAGUCUUCGUGGCUCUCCGUCAGGCCCACACCACCCUGACCUUGGUUUACUUGGUGCAGGUGAUGGGACAGCCCAUUGCAUGUAUGGGAGACGAAGAGCGAGACAGGGCGGUUAGGAUGCUAGGGGGCGACUUGCAGUAUCUGGAUAACGCCAUGUACAGCCAAACCCUCAUACGGGAUAGAGUGAACAAUCUGGUGCAGGCAAGUAUCGACCUGGAUACAGAGUACCAGAGAACCAUGCAUAUCAUGGAUGCUGCGAUGGAUAUAGUGGGAAGGGUGGUUGAGACCUAGUAGCGGGAUACAGGUCGAUACUAGGAGAUCAACUGUUG